GCCCCUGGGACCGGCCGCCGGCACCUAUCUGCUGUUGCUCUGCUCGGGCCAUCGCCUCGCCAUGGACGAAGAUAAAGAGCAGAGGCCAAGCUGCAACUGCAAGAAGACCACCUGCCUCAAGCGGUAAGGAAUCCGGUGAGCUUCUACUCGCUCUUCUGCUUCUUCUCUGCCCAGCUCACGAUCAGAACUCCCCCCGUCGUCCUUGCCGUUGCAGCUACUGCCAGUGCUUCCAGGGUCACUUUUUCUGCUCUCACGCCUGCAACUGCAAGGGCUGCUGGAACAGCGAGCACAGGAGAACCUUCGUGGAGGAGCACGCCGAGUUGAGACAAUGAGACUCAAGACGAAGCCCGGCGCGCCCCAGUCCAAGGACUCCGCGCUGACGGCGGAGCAGAGGGUGCAUGGCAAGGGCUGCACCUGCAACAAGUCCGGAUGCAAGAAAAACUACUGCGAGUGCUUCAAGAAACAAGUUGCGUGCACCACGAGAUGCAAGUGCCAAGGGUGCGAAAACAGUUACGGGUCAGGAGGGAAAGGGCUCCAGGAGAACAGCGAUCCGGGUAGACCGUCUGGAAAGCCUAAUGGAGAACCUGGCGGUGGCGAUGGAUCACCUGGCGGUUCCGGCGAAUCCGCGGUGGUCAUAGACGAGGAGUUGCUGCGUCCAACAGAAGCAGGAGUGGCGGAAAACGUUGCGGCCAUUGACGACCCUUCGGAUUCUGGCCCAUGUAUUCAUGGUGGCAUUUACAUCUACCAGAACUCUCAACCCCAAAGGAAUCAGGGGCCUGUGCAGGCAAUCCUGACACAUGAAAAACCAACGACAACGAGAAGGAUUCCGAAGCAAGUUGAGAUUGAUGAAGCUGCUGAAAUUCAGAACAUAGGUAAUAGGUAUGAUUGCACCUGGCAUUAGAUAUCCACCUGUACAAUUUGUAGGCUUGUAGCUUGUUCCACUAUUUAGUGAUUUAGUGUGGUACUUAGCUAGUUAGCUAUAAAACCUUCCCUAGUUUGAUCAGUGUAAUACUUGCACACUGAAGCUUGGAUAUAUGCUACGUGGUUCCAUUC